AUGCGGGUUCUAAGCAAACUAAUGAAAGAGAAGCCCUGGGAGAGGAGUAAAUCCGGCAAGAAUGUUGCCAAGCCUAGUUCUAUUAUGGAUGAUCUUGAAGAUGUUGGGAUGGAAGAUGUUGAAGAUGGGACCACCGAGGAGGAUGAUUGUUUUGAACACAUUUGUGCACUAUGUGACGAUGGUGGUAACAUUUUACCUUGUGUCGGAAAAUGUAUGAGGUCAUUUCAUGCUACUAAAGAAGAUGGUGAAGACUCUCGUUGCAAUUCUCUUGGAUUUUCACGGUCGGAAGUUGAUGCAAUGCCACCUUUUGAGUGUGAAAAUUGUAGACACAACCUGCACCAGUGCUUUGCAUGUGGGAUGUUGGGCUUCUCUGACAAGUCUUUUGAUGCUGAUGUCUUCCAAUGUGUUUCUGCUACUUGCGGCCUCUUCUACCAUCCCCUCUGUGUAGCAAAUUUGGUCCAUCGCAGAGAUGAAGUUGCUGCAGAACAACUUAAGCUGAGGAUUGUUGCAGGAGAAAGUUUCACGUGCCCUGCACACAAAUGCUGUGUUUGCAGUCAAAUAGAAAACAAGGAGGAACGUGAUCUGCAAUUUGCUGUAUGCAGACGAUGCCCCAAGUCUUACCACAGAAAAUGCUUGCCAAAGGAAAUUAUUUUCAAAGGUUCAGAUGCAGAUGCAAUACCAAGGGCAUGGGAGGGAUUACUACCCAAUCGCAUAUUAAUUUAUUGUUUAAAGCAUGAUAUUGUUGAAGAGAUUGAGACUCCAGUUCGAAACCACAUAAUAUUUCCUACUAUUCGAGCAAAUAGGGCCGCUAUUGGAGCGAAAAGGAAAAGACUAGUGUUGGAAUCACUCUCUACCGGAGGGAGAUGUUUAAGGAUUAAACCUGUUGCUUCAGAGGACUGCUUGAAAAGAGCUUCAGAAGAACAGUCGAUUGGAAAGGAUAAAUCUAUUUUCACAAAGAAAGAACGUGAAAAAUACAAAAAAGUGAAAGUAUCAUUUGGACAAGAUAUAGCCAAGAAAUUCAAAGCGACAGAUUGGUCCAAGAAAUUUUACAAGCAUACUGCCAAGCCUAGGUCUUUUGAGGCCAGCACAUCUUCAACCCUGAGGGAGCACACUUUUCAGGAUGAAAGGUUAUAUGCCUUCAUGACAAAGGAAUCUGGGAAAACAAAACCAGGAAAACAAGUUGUACCAGAUAUUGGAGAGAGAAGAGCCGUGAAGCCUGCUUCCAAGAAGUCAGAUGACUCGCUUCCUGCGCUAGAUGCCGACACAGAGAGGAGGCUUUUGAAUCUAAUGAAAGAGGGCGAAUCAUCAAUAACUAUGGGAGAUGUUAGGAGAAAGCAGAAAGUGCCAUCUACUCAUGCACAAUAUCUUAAGUCAACUGUUGAUAAGGCAAUUACUGUAGGGAAAUUGGCGCGUUCAGUUCAGGCUGUUCGAACAGCUUUGUGGAGGCUAGAGGAAGGAGACCGGAAUGAAGAUGCAAAAGCUGUCUGUGACCCAAAUGUUCUAACCCAGAUAUUUAAAUGGAAGGACAAGCUUAGAGUAUAUCUUGCACCAUUCCUAUAUGGUAAUCGCUACACUUCCUUUGGCCGGCAUUUUACGAAAGUGGAUAAGCUUCAAGAGAUUGUUGACAAGCUCCAUUGGUAUGUUCAGGAUGGUGACAUGAUUGUCGACUUCUGUUGUGGGGCUAAUGAUUUUAGCUGCUUAAUGGCAAAGAAGCUUGAAGAGACCGGAAAGAAGUGCUCUUACAAAAAUUAUGAUAUUAUUCCACCAAAGAAUAACUUCAAGUUUGAACAAAGGGACUGGAUGACGGUCCAACUAAAAGAACUACCUUUGGGGUCGAAAUUGAUCAUGGGGCUAAAUCCUCCUUUCGGAGUUAGAGCAGCUUUGGCGAACAAGUUCAUUGAUAAAGCUCUUGAAUUCAAACCGAAGCUCCUUGUUCUAAUUGUUCCAUCAGAAUCUGCAAGAUUAGACGAGAAAAAGUUUCAGUAUGAUCUGGUGUGGGAAGACAACCGAUCCUUGUCUGGAAAGUCAUUUUAUUUGCCAGGGUCUGUUGAUGUAAAGGACGAACAGAUGGAACAGUGGAACAAUAGGCCACCGUUGCUGUAUGUAUGGAGCCGUCGAGAUUGGACUGCAAAACACGUGAACAUAGCCCAAAAGCAGGGUCACUUGCCGGCAGAGAUGACCGGAUCGCUUGAUCUUCAUUCUCUGAAAGAUGACCGGAGCCUUUGCAUUGGUACCUCAUCGCUUGCAGGUGAUACCUCAAUGCCAAUGGGUAGGCCUGAGGAAACCAAAGACAGAGUCCAUGCCAAAUGGUAUAGGAGUAACUUUCAAAGGAAAACAACUCAUUCAAAAGGCCGAUGGUAGCAGAACACUCAGAAGAGAAAUUGAUAAGAAGGAUCUACCCAAUUCGACGAAUGGGGAGUAUUAGUUCAAGGAUCGGUCCUCUUAGGGGGAAAAGGCAUGUGGUGGAGGAAC